UCCUUCACUGUAAAACUAUGGCAUCGACUGUUGCUCAUGGACUUGUUCUAAUUGUAGCUGCAGCUUCAAUGUUGACAGUUGCCAUGGCUAAUAGGGGCUGGUCCUAUGGCUUCAACUACACUUUCUUUCCUCCCAUUCCCAAGCAUGGCUCCCACAACAACAAUCUAAAUCCUCCAAAUAAUAUCACAGUGGGUGGCUCCGAUAACUGGCACUUCGGCUUCAACUACAGCGUCUGGGCUUUCCAAAAUUCUCCCUUCUACGUUAAUGACACUCUAGUUUUCAAGUAUGAUCCUCCGAGCGCAAAAGUUUUUCCACACAGCGUUUACUUGCUGCCAAAUCUUUGGAGCUACCAGGCAUGCGACCUGUCGAAGGCCAAGAUGAUUGCAAACUCCACACAAGGCGGCGGCGAGGGGUUCAAAUUUGUUCUGAAGAAGUGGCAGCCUCACUACUUUGCCUGCGGCGAACGUGGUGGCCUCCAUUGUAGAGAUGGCAACAUGAAGUUCAUGGUUAUGCCGCUGCUCCGCCGUUGGAAUUACUAGUGAUCGAUCUUCACAAUAAUAACAACACGUAGAGGAAUAAAAGGCAUGAUUAAUUACUUUGAAAUUUUUUAAUAAAGCUUUGAUAGUAUGAUUGUUGUUGUUGUUGUUGUAAGAUUAAGUCCGUUAAGUACACAUUUUGUGUAUUAUUAUGUUUGUUCCAAGCACAGAUCUUCUAAAAAAAUGGUUCAAAUUGAAAGUAAAAAAAAAUACUACACUUACCGAUUUUGCAGACCAAAUCCACAUUUUGAUUGAAAUGGGUGCAACGUGGUUGGCAUAGGGACUCUCCACAUCGCACUCCAUGUUAGUCAGGAUGGAGAGUCGGUCUGCAGAAUCGUUAAGUGUUGUCUUGCUCUUGAGUAUUAGGUUACUACACAUACUGAUUCUACAAAUCGACUCCUCAUCCCGACUAACAUGGAGUGUGACAUGGAAAGUCCUUAUACCGACCACGUCACACUCCACGUUAGUCGGAGUGGAAAAUCGAUAUGCAUAAUCGGUAAGUGUAAUAUUGCUUAUUACGAUGUUAUCCCAAGUCUCAUAUUAUUUUAUUUUU